CGAGAUAUUAGCCACCAUCGAUGGUGUCGCAGCAGUUCUCCAGCUUGCUGAAACCCCUGCUAAAGCUCUAAUAAAGACCAUCCGCAUCGUUAAAGAACUUCGCGAAGUCCCUAAAAAGCUUGCAAAGCUCCUCGGCGAGAUUGAGACAUCUACGUCCAAUGUGGAGUAUCUUUGUGAUAGCCUGUUCCAGCAUGAUUCCAAAUUCUACCAACAGAUUAGUUCUCUGUCACUCGGACGGGCUCAUAAACAGCUUGACCACCCUACACGAAGCGACUUUGGAGAUUAAGGGGUUCCCCCUUCCGAUGGCCGAGUUUGGCCAAAUCAAGGUUACAAAAGGAAUGUCGAUGAGCCCGGAUGUGGAAAUCAGUGGAUCAAUGAAAAUGGAGAAGGAGUUGUCAGAGAAGCUAGAGAGGCUAGACAGACUCAACGGGGAGGUGAUGCGUGGCUUUCAGUGGUGGGGUUACAAGUCCAAGUAGCAACACAUACAGUUGCGGCUACGAACAGUAGCAUCUCUAUUCAAGGGUUUGCUGAUCUAGCAGCGCAGCUGACUGUACUAUCAGUUGGUGUCAAGACUCUCAGUCUAGCAGUUACACAAUCACAAUCCGUCCACACAGUUGGUGGUUAUAGAAACGAUUUUAGGCAGAGCUCCGUGGCCACGCUUGGGGGGACGACUUUGAGUGAUGGCGAAACUUGGUCGGACACGUCUUCUGAGACUGCUUGCUUUGCCUACAGCGUGGGCUAAACCCGAGCCCCAAACCAGCCCCGCGGGGUGGCCCUCCCAAC